UUGAAGAGCCAAACCCAAAUCGGCUGUGAUUCUACUGGUGUCCCAGUUCGAUCUCACUCCUAUACUACUACACUGACGUGUCCUGAUGGGUCGUAUUAUUGUUGGUUUACUAUGUUCAUUGGCUCUCGUAGCCUUUUUAAAAGCAGAAGAUGUAGACAAAAGAUUCUUCCUAAAAGGAUGCAGAACCGAAAGUGAUUGUGGACCAGGAAGGUGUUGCGCUAGAUAUCUUCUCAUCAAGAAAUUCUGCUUCCCUAAACGAGGUCUCAACCAGUCCUGCAACUUUUUGAAUUUCCAUGGCUGUGGAUGUGAUGAUGGUCUCGAGUGUAGAGUUCACAAGACUAUUGGAAAAUUGAAGUUCUACCGCUGCCUCGAGUCUGAGGGCUCAGGUGGUUACGAAUUGUAAUCAGAAUGUUCCACAAGGGGGUAGUAAAGUAAUAAAGCAAUUUAAUCUUAAUUAAUAUUAUUCCUUGAUUGAAAUGAUUUGAUAAUUAUUCUAAACCACACAAGAUUAUAAAUAGGGUUAUUUUAGAUCAAGUUGGUCUGUUCAGUGUCUCUCAAACUGGGCUGAAACGGUACCCUCCUGGACACCUGCUCCUCAAUCACCGAUACAUGUAUUGUCGCGUCGGUUUUACGGUUUCGUGAAUCACACCAAGUUUAAACGUCAUUAUUUGUUAAACAUUGACAGUCGUAUGUUUGUGAAGUUCCCAAGCUGGUUCAACUUUGCUGUCUAGAAACAAUUACCUGUAUAAAUAGAGUAAAAGAUUGUGAAUAAAGUGAAUUGCGAUAAAAUAAAAGAGCUUCUCAACCAAAACACAAACCUAUUGUACUGAAGAAAAGAACUCGAAGAUGAAAGAAGAAAAAAGCGCGCACGCAUUCUGUUCUGUAUACGUAGUUAUUCAAUGGUAAAUAAAAUCGCAUUUCAUUCUCGCUUC